CCGUGUCAACACGGAAGUAGAUUGAUGUCCAAUGGAGAAAGCAGGGAAGGUAACGUAAAAAUGAUUAUUUUGUAACACCAAUAUUGCAGAAAAUAACAGUGAGUUCUUUUUUAGACCUAUAGGUUAUGCUAGUCUGGAAUGGAUGAGAACCAAUGGGAUAUUCUGGAAUCUGAACAGGGUGGUAUUUCACUGAUAGAAGGGAUAAGUAACCUGGUUCUUGCUACAGUGGUUCUCUGUGCUGCAUUUCUGGGUGGACUUACAAUUCUUCUGUGCAGGAAUGAACAGCAGAACAUCCACCCUGAAAACCAAGCACGAGUGACUGCUGUAAGACAGCAUCUGCAGUCCGAACAGGAUGCACCUGCACAAGACCGACAGCAGUUCUACGCAGACAUGUCCUGUCCAGUCUGUUUACAACAAGCUUCGCUGCCUGUUGAAACCAACUGUGGUCACCUAUUCUGUGGAUCCUGCAUUAUUGCAUACUGGAGACAUGGGUCAUGGCUUGGAGCUGUUAAUUGCCCCGUCUGUAGACAGAUGGUGACUUUGCUGUUCCCGUUGUUUCAAGAGCAAGACCAGCCCCAGCAGCAGCAAGAGGCAGGCCAGAUACUUCAGGAUGUCAAUGAUUACAACCGGAGAUAUUCCGGCCAGGCCAGACCUCUGAUGGAUCACCUCCGAGAUGUCCCGACAUUGCUGCGCCAUGCCUUCAGGGAGAUGCUUUCAAGGCGGGCAUUGUUUUGUAUGUUUCAAAUUCGAAUCCUCCUCUGCCUGGUCGGUGCUUUAAUGUACCUUGUGUCGCCCUUGGAUUUACUUCCUGAAGCUCUAUUUGGAAUCCUGGGUUUCAUGGAUGACCUUUUUGUGAUCGUCUUGUUUUUCAUCUACAUCUCCAUCAUGUACAGGGAAGUGGUGACCGAAAGGCUAGUCAUGUGAAGUAUCGACCAGGGUCAUGGGAGACAGUGCUUGAAAACCUCCAACGCAUGUCAAGGAUGUCAGACUUGCCUAUCACUUCUGUAUCUUACGCAAUAUAUUAAAAAGACCAACAGGGUCAAGA